AUGGAAACCACCAAAACCUCCUUUGGUUGGAUUUUACUAUAUCUGGCCCACUACGAAGAAGUGCAAAAUAAAAUACGACAAGAACUUCUAGAAGUAGUGCACGAUGAAACAGUAGAAAUGGAUGAUUUUGUGAACUUACACUAUACUAAAGCGGCUAUUGCUGAAGUGGCUAGAAUUAGAACUGUAACACCAUUUGGAAUACCACAAUGGGUAUCCGGAAAUGUUUGCGUGGAAGGUUUCACGAUUCCCAAAGAUACCAUGAUAAUGCCUUUAUUAUGGGCAAUCCACAUGGAUCCAAAAGUUUACAAAGAACCGGAAGAAUUCCGCCCUGAAAGAUUUCUGGACGAUGAUGGAAAAUUCGUCAAACCGGAAUCAUUCCUUCCUUUUCAGAUCGGUACUAAGGUUGAACAUGUAUAA